AUGAGUAAAAUGAAGCUGAUGCGAAAAGUUUCGGCAGCAUCGAUGAUUCUGAAACCGCUGUCGUCAAUUUGCGGAAGAAAAUGUUGUUGGGAACCUGCGGAAUUGCGGGAAUUGGGCCAUAUGAAAAUGACCACGGACAUCCAACUUUAG